AUGACUGAACAUCCAAGUACGGCUGAGGACAAUCAUCUAACAGUCACAGCUCAGACACCCGAUGACAACCAUCUCAUCCCUGCUGAACACGCCGUCUUCAACACCACCGAACUGUGCGAACGAAUCCUCACGCACCUACCAGUUAGAGCGAUUAUCGGAGCACUCCGAGUCUGCAAGCAAUGGAAGGAAUGCGUUGAGAAUUCUCCCGGCAUCAAACAGAAGCUUUUCAUCAACAGCCAGCUUCCUGCCCACAGCUGGGACACCUACGGUCAUGGGAAACACCAAGUCGGGCAGCGAAUUGAAGAUGCACCAGAUACAAGUGGCAGCGUGGCAAAAUUGAAUGGGCUCUUGAUGAGCAGCAGCCAGAAUCGCAACGAUAGCGGCGAUGUACUUGUUCGCCCUGUACGGGUAUCACCGCUGUUGCGCACCCGCGAGCCCUUUCCUCAUAUGGAGAAAGUUUACAGUUUCGAUUGGACCGUAUUCAGCACGAUCGAGGGUUUCAGUACCAGUGCAUCGGGUUUCGCUGCUUUGUCGUUCCUGACGGAUCCACCUUGCCGUGAACUGAGUGUCGGUUUUACAUGGUAUUCCUUGUGCCCAGAUACGCAGCUUGAUGGUGGAUUCGCAAAAGAAUAUCUAUUGAGUUCGCAGGACGGAUUGACUAUUGCUCACAUCAUGCGUAGUGUGUUGUGUGACGAGAAAUUUGCCCGCGACAUGCGGCUUGUCAAGAGCUACGGGCAUGAAAAAUUCAAGAUACAGGGGGUUGUCUAUUUCCAUCAUCCAUCGUAAAUCUUGUGAAGGAACAGCAGUGGCGGCUUGCAUUGGGGAUCCAGCGGUCCUAGGAUAAUGAGACCUGCAAGAAGGGUUCUCGAGCCAGGAUGCUGUAAGGCGUCGCAGGCUUUCCCACUGUCCGCAGUUAUUGCCUAAGCCGCUAAACUGCAGGUCACCAGAAUGCCACAUUUGCAAUCGAUGGCGUCUCUGUUCGUAGUAGAGGCACGGCGUUCAGCUAUAGUCGUAGCGUCUCUUAAUCGAAAGUGUCCAUGCAUUCCGUUCCAAGCGCCGCACUCAACGUCAAUCCAUGUUCAACUGAAUCCGCGACUGCUCACCAGAACUGGCAAGUCGUGAAGGCGUUCUUGUGACGGUAAGGAGUCACGACGCUGGCGGUGCCCUUGUGUCGCAUGGCUAUAGGGCCUGGCUGCUUCGCGUGGGCCUGGAUCACCCAAAUGCCAAAUGCGGACCACUUGCUGAGGAGUUUCGCCUCGAUGGCGGUCCUCGAGCAGCCCCUCUUCCUCUCGUACAGACUGACACGCUCUUGCGUAUAGAAGCAGUAAUAAUGGAUCAGGCGGGUGGUUCUGAACGACGAAAAGAGAGGUCGAAGUGAUGGAGAA